AUGGGUACAAAGUUGUUUUUAUCCUUUUUGAAUGGGAUACAUGGAACUCUCUCGUUUAUAUUUUCAGAGGAUACAAAAGUUCUAUCUGCGCAAUACGGACCUAAAGCAAGAACGAAGAAGAACGAAAAUGCUGAGAAGGCUUGUUUGAAGUCAUAUGGAAGCCUUAAACCGGAUAGAUUGGUAAUCGUAAAUGCGUUUAGUUUUUCAGAAAGAGGCUUGUUUUGUCGCUUGAGAAAAGUUGAAAAAGAGUAUGAAACGAUACUGAAAAGGACGCUACAGAGUAUUUGUGUUUUGAGAGUUGUUCCAAAUACCACCACCUCAGUGAUUAUUCAGGUUGUACAUGAUGGUGGUUCUGUAUCGUUUUUAUGUUCCUUUCACCUUGGUAAACAUUUACUAAUGCUGUCUGAAACACAUAUAAUCCGGUAUAAACAAUGUCUGUUUGAGUAUUUAUAG